AUGAACGGUACUGUCCAGAUGGCUGGGAACAGAACGGCGACCACUGCUACCUGUUCAGUACUCAGGAGAUGACGUGGACAGCCGCCUCCUCUGCCUGCUCCUCCCAAAACGCCAAGCUCGUCUCCAUCCACACCUGGACAGAACAAGAUUUCGUACACAACCGCCAGGGAGGAGGAAGUUGGCUUGGCUUGAAUGAACGCCAGUCUCCAGACGCUUGGCGCUGGAGCGACGGUUCCAGCCUCACGAUCACCAACUGGAAUGUGGGUGAACCCUCUGGCAACGAGAACUGCGUCCAGAUGCUGGAAGAUACAGGCAAAUGGAACGACUUUCCUUGCGACCAAACGUUACCGUACACAUGCAAGAUGGCGGCCUCCACCACCCCCAUCGGCACCAUCACCACCACCACAGCCCAGCCAGACA